AUGAAGGAAGGCAUUACACCGUGCAGUUGUGGGCGGUUCCAAAUCGAUGAAUUACCGUGCCCACACGCUUGGGUUGUCCUGAAGAGCAAGUUUCUAAUGCCAGAAGAUUAUUGCUCUGACUAUUACAAACCAAAGUAUGUUGUAAUGACAUAUGAGGUGCCCGUGUAUCCUUUGCCGGACCGAAAAAAAUGGAAUAUACCAGCACAUAUAGUAGAUGAAGUUGUAUUACCACCCAAAUGGAGAAGACCUCCGGGAAGACCAAAGAAGAAGUGUGAUAAGCCGUUCAUCAGAUUGCUGCAGAAGAAAAAUCAACAUUCGUGUAACAUAUGUGGGCAGGAAGGACAUAAUAAGCGUACUUGUAGAAAUGCUCCACGUAGAAAUUAG